UCAGCAUUUACACAGAAGAACAUGAGACUUGUUCAAGUGAUGAGUUUUCUGUCGAUGCUGAUGAGGAGGAGGUGAUGAAGAAAGCGGAGGAGAAGAAAGAGAUGGAGAAAGUGGAGGAGAAGAAAGAGAUGGAGAAAGUGGAGGAUAAGAAAGAGAUGGAGAAAGUGGAAAAUAAGAAAGAGAUGGAGAAAGUGGAGGAGAAGAAAGAGAUGGAGAAAGUGGAGGAGAAGAAAGAGAUGGAGAAAGUGGAGGAGAAGAAAGAGAUGGAGAAAGUGGAAAAUAAGAAAGAGAUGGAGAAAGUGGAGGAGAAGAAAGAGAUAGAGAAAGUGGAAAAUAAGAAAGAGAUGGAGAAAGUGGAGGAGAAGAAAGAGAUGGAGAAAGUGGAGGAUAAGAAGGAGAGCAAGAAGUGGUGGAGAAAGAGUGAAGCUCCUAAAGCUGAAGAACAGAAGAAGGGAGCUGCUGAACAGCAGAAGUGUGAAGCUCAUCAGCAUGUAAAACACCAAGCUCCAUUUGGUAUCCACUCCAUGCGGAUACCAAGAUCCAGUGAUGACUACAUCUUCAGCCACUAUCAGCUUGGUAGAGAACUGGGAGCUGGUGGAUUUGGUGUGGUGUAUCAAGCGAAGCGUUUGGAGGACAAUCUCAGAGUGGCAGUGAAAUACGUCAACAAGACUGACGAUGACUGGGAAAUGUAUUACCAUCCAGAGAGAAGGAAACUUCCAUUGGAGAUUGUCCUCACGCUGAUGGCGAAUAAAGGGGGCAGUCAGCCGGAGAUCAUCCAGCUGCUAGACUGGAAGGAUUACAGUGACCAUUUCGUCAUGAUCUUCGAGUAUCCCGCUCCCUGUCAGGAUCUGGAAGACUUCGUGGAGGAUCGCGGUGGUAAAAUCACUGAGGGUUUGGCUAAGAUAAUCAUGAGGCAGGUGAUUCAGGCUGUGCUCGUGUGCUGCCAGCGCAAUGUUUUUCAUCGCGACAUCAAACCCUCCAACCUCCUCAUCAACACCAGGACGCUCGAGGUCAAACUAAUUGACUUUGGGUGCGGUGACAUUUUGAGGGACUCCUACUACAGGUCCUACUGUGGUACAAUAUUGUAUAUUCCACCCGAGUACCUUUUCCAUGGGGAAUACCACGCCAAUCCUGCCACAGUGUGGUCUCUGGGGAUUCUGCUGUUCAGAAUGGUGAGCGGAAGAUAUCCGUUCAUCUUCACAUUGCUGUGGAUCCGGUGGAAAAUCUGGCGCAAAAGACACCUUUCAAAGGAACUGCUCCAACUUCUCCAUGAGCUCCUCGUGAUAAACCCAGAGAAACGGAUUGAUUUGAAGGACAUCCUUUCCCACAGCUGGUUUACGGAAAGCGAAUAA